AUGCUCCCCUUCCUCUUCCCUGACCUUGCCGCCUUUCCCACUGUCGCUGAUCUCAUUACGCACCUCCGCACUAGUGACACCCGCUACCGCGCUGCGCUUCCUGCUGACUUCUGCGCCAAGAACCCUCCCCCCAUGUACAUCACUCUCUACUUUCUAGUCACUCGUCUCCCUGACUCCCUUCGUGUAGUCCGGGACCACUUCCUCGCGGUCUGUCCCACCACUCUCACAGUCAACAGCCUCGAGAAGGCCCUCCUAGCGGCGGAGAAGAGCAUCCCUCUGCCGCUACGGCCGACCUCAUUGGUCUUGAGUCGGUCGGUGCGGCGUCUGCCCCUAGCGGGAGACGCCGCUCUGGCAAGGGCAAGCGGGGCAAGGGAGCGGGUGGGGCCAGCGGGGGCGGUAGAGGUGGAGGUGGAGGCGGCGGAGGGAGUGGUUGUGGCGGUGGAGGUGGUGGCGGGGGUAGGGGUGCUAGUGGCGGCAGUGGAGGCGGAGGUGGCGGCGGCGGUGGCGGUGGGAGCGGAGGUGGCGGAGGCGGUGGCGGUGGAGGAGGAGGCGGGGGUGGCGGUGGUGGAGGUGGUCGGAGUGGCGCUUCGCAGCGGAGCAGCACUGGAGGUGGUCAGCGCCAGCAGCAGCAGCAGCAACGUUCUCGCGACGUCCCCACCCCUCAGCAGCUCAGUGAGUGGUACACGCAGCGUCAGCGGGCAGUUCCCGGAGGCCGCGGAGAUCCCCCGCUGGGGAGAGCUGUCUAGGGCUGGUGUAGCUAUUUUUGAUCUUGACUUUGAUGCUAUCCUUGCUGCUAUAUAUGCUGUGACCAUUAGUGAUGAGGGUGACUGUUACCGGUGUUUCCCGGCCGACCCGGGCAUUGAGGCUGCUGCUCUAGGUGCCAGUGCGUCUGUGCUCUCAGGUACUGGUGAGGCUGCUCUCUCAGGUACUAGUGAGUCUGCGCUCUCAGGUACUGCGUCGGCCUCUGCCUCCCACACCUUCACCCUUGACUCUGGAGCGUCUCGCUCCUUCUUUCGGGACCGCACCACACUCACGCCGCUUAGUCGGCCGGUUGCGGUGUCCCUGGCUGACCCCUCUGGGGGUCCUGUCCUGUCUCGCUUCUCCACAGUCCUUCCGUGUCCGGCGGCUCCCUCUGGCACCUUGUCUGGUCUCUACCUCCCCUCGUUCUCUACGAACUUGGUGAGUGGUGCUGACCUACAGGAUGCGGGAGUCCACCAGUUCACCCCUGCUCGUCAGCGAGUGACGCACUGCACAGAGGCUAGCACAGGUCGUCACCUGGCUACGUUUACACGUCAGCCAGGGUCGAGCCUGUACACGCUGACCACUCCUUCUCCUCCAGUUCCUGAGUCUGGUAGGGUCCCUUCGUCAGGUCAGGUGUUUGCUGCAGCGUCCAGGUCUGGUCCUGAGUCUGCCCCCUGUUCGUGUCGUCGCCUGUCUCACGAGACUCUCCUCUGGCACCACCGCCUGGGUCACCCCUCUCUGCUUCGGCUCAGAGGCAUGGCCUCCCGUCUCCUUGUCUCUGGUCUCCCCAGGUCCCUCCCUCCCCUUCCUCAGGGCCCUGGCCCUGCCUGUGUCCCCUGUGUCGAGGGACGCCAGCGUGCUGCCCCUCACUCCUCCCAGUUUCCUCCGAUAGAGGCUCCGUUGCAGACGCUUCACAUGGACGUGUGGGGCCCUGCCUGCGUCCGUGGACUCGGUCACGAGCGCUACUUCCUGUUGGUGGUUGACGACUACUCGCUUUACACCGCGCUCUUCCCCUUGCGCAGCAAGGGUGAUGUUAGUGAGGUGCUGAUCGACUGGAUCCGCGCAGCUCGUCUCCAGCUCAGGCAGAGCUUUGGCUCGGACUUUCCUAUGUUGCGUCUGCACUCGGACAAAGGCGGAGAGUUCUCCUCUGGCCUUCUGCGUGCCUACUGUUGUGCGCGAGGCAUCCGUCAGACCUUCACGCUUCCGGACUCAUCGCAGCAAAAUGGGAUUGCAGAGCGCCGCAUUGGCAUGGUCAUGGACGUCGCUCGUACGUCUAUGAUGCAUGCGGCUGCCCCCCAUUUUCUGUGGCCGUUUGCGGUCAGGUACGCGGCGCAUCAGAUCAACCUCCACCCCAGGGUCUCCAGGCCGGAGACCUCCCCAGCCCUGCUGUGGACGGGGAAGGUUGGCGAUGCGUCGGCGUUCCGGGUCUGGGGAUCUCGGGCGUUUGUCCGCGACUUGUCUGCGGACAAGCUGUCCCCUCGCGCUGCUCCCUGCGUCUUCCUGGGGUUCCCCCCCGACGCCCCUGGGUGGCAGUUCUACCACCCCACCUCUCGCCGUGUUCUGUCCUCCCAGGACGUCACGUUCGACGAGUCCGUCCCCUUCUACCGCCUCUUCCCCUACCGCACUCCUUCCCUCCCGCCGCCACCGCACUUCCUUGUGCCAGGUCCCCCCCCGGUAGACCCCCUUCCCCCUCAGGGUCCUGCCCCUUCAGGUGUGUCCCAGGUAGAUGCAGUCGAGCCGGUCGAGGUUGCUGGUGACUCAGGUACUGCUAGGGGUGCUGAGCCUGGGGGUGCUGAGCCUGGGGGUGCUGACUCUGGGAGUGCUGAUUCUGGGGGUGCUGAGCCUGGGGUUGCUGAGCCCGGGGGUGCUGCCUCUGGGGGUGCUGAGCCUGGGGGUGCUGACUCUGAGGGUGCUGCGCGCGUGGGUGCUGAGCCUGGCGGUGCUGAGCCUGGGGGUGCUGCGUCUGGAGCUGCUGAGCCUGGAGGUGUGGAGCCUGCGGCCACUGGACCUCCCCUUGUGGCGUCUGGCGGUACUGGGCCUGGAGGUUCUCCGGGUGUUUCGUCUCGGCGGGAGCCACUCUCUCCACAGGAGCUGCGUGAGUGGUUUGCUCGCCGCUGGAGGCGUACUGCUGGAGCUGGCGCUUCUUCGGCCGCUGAGGGUGCUGGUGCCGCCGGUCCCGGAGCUGCUGGGCCUGCGGGUCCGCCUGGAGCUGGAGCUGCUGAGGGUGUUGGUUUUGAGACUACUACUGUCCGUCCUGGUGGUGGUCGUGCUGCGGGUGCUGCUGGCGCUGCUGGAGGUCCUGCCGCUGGAGGUGCUGUUGGCGCUGGUGCUGCCGGAGGUGCUGAGGGUGCUGGUGCUGUCCCUGCUGUGUCUGGUGCCGCCGCGCGGCCUCGCCCGUACUUCGUUCCGCUCCUUCAGCAGGUUCUUGGUCUUCCUCCUCUCUUAGAGGGUCCACCGCCUGUCCAGUCGCAGUCACAGUUACCGCCGGCCUCCCCACUGCCUUCUCCCUCUCCCUACACUAGUCCUACUGGAGGUCUUGCUGAGCGUCGUGAGCCUGCGUCUCGUCCUGCGUCGCCUGUUCGUGCUGCUCGCACUUGUGGUCGUAGUUCGCGUCAGCGUCCUCCUCCUGUCCCUGGCACGCACCGGAUGUCUCUGCGUCCGUCCACUGCUCCUCUGCGUACCCCUUUGCCUUCUCCUCUUGAGUCCUCUCUUCCUGCGCUUGCCGACCCGGAGUCGGACUCUCUUCGCGCUGCCAGUCCUACUGUCACGCGUCUCCUUGCUACUGUCGUCACUGACCCCUCUUUCGAGUCCAUUGCUGCGUCUGCGCUUGUUGCUGAGCUCGUCGACUUUGCUGCUCGCUGUCGUCUAGACUACGCUGCCAGUCUUGUUGCUGAGUCUGCGUCUGUCUGUCCUCCGUCCGUCGGGGACCCGGAUGCACUAGACAUCCCGACUCCGCGCUCUUACGCGGAGGCCGUAGAGGGUCCCUACUCCUCUCAGUGGCAGGCAGCUAUGGAUGCAGAGAUGGCUUCCUGGAAGUCCACAGGCACCUACGUUGACGCGGUUCCCCCUCCUGGGGCGAACAUCGUCAGUGGGAUGUGGAUCUUCAGGGUGAAGCGGCCGCCGUGCUCUCCACCUGUCUUCAAGGCGCGGUACGUGGCUCGUGGCUUCAGUCAGCGGCAGGGAGUUGACUACUUUCAGACCUUCUCUCCCACCCCGAAGAUGACCACUCUUCGGGUGCUGCUGCACAUAGCCGCUCAGCGCGACUACGAGCUCCACUCUCUUGACUUCAGCACUGCUUUCUUGCAGGGUAGCCUGCACGAGGAGAUCUGGCUGCGCCGUCCACCUGGCUUCACUGGGACUUUCCCUCCUGGCACCCAGUGGAGCCUCCGACGGCCAGUCUACGGUCUCCGCCAGGCACCGCGUGAGUGGCACGACAGACUGAGGACUACGCUUGCGGCUCUUGGGUUUGCUCCCUCUACUGCUGACCCGUCGUUGUUUUUGCGCACCGACACUUCUCUGCCGCCGUUCUACAUCCUCGUGUACGUCGACGACUUGGUCUUUGCCACAGCGGACACUGCUGGACUCGCCUACCUGAAGUCCGAGCUGCAGAAGAGACACACGUGCACAGACCUGGGUGAACUGCGCAGCUACCUUGGCUUGCAGAUCACUCGGGACAGAGCACGCCGCACCAUUACCUUGACUCAGUCACACAUGGUGCAGCAGGUCCUGCAGCGCUUCGGCUUCACGUACUCCUCGCCUCAGACCACUCCUCUGUCUACUCGCCACUCGCUCUCAGCUCUGCCUUCGGAUGAGUCCGUAGAGUCGAAGCACAUGGCUGCAGCGAAGAGGGUGUUGCGCUACUUGUGCAGUACGUCGGGCAUGGGGCUAGUGCUUGGAGGGCGGAGUCCAGUGGUCCUCACUGGGCACGCGGACGCUUCUUGGGCUGACGACCAGGCUACGCAGCGGUCGUCGCAGGGUUACACCUUCAGUCUUGGUUCCGGCUCUGUUUCGUGGCGGGCUACUCGAUCGUCUUCUGUUCUCGGCUCCACUUGUGAGGCUGAGAUCUACGCCGGGGCCAUGGCUGCUCAGGAGCUUCGCUGGCUCACCUACCUGCUGACUGACCUUGGAGAGCCGCCUCGUUCUCCUCCAGUGCUGUACGUAGACAACAAGGCCAUGCUGGCCUUGUGUCGAGAGCAGCGCCUGGAGCACAGAACGAAGCACAUUGCUCUCCGCUACUUUCUUGCUCGUGAGCUGCAGCAGCGUGGUCAGUUGCGACUUGCGUACGUGGCCUCUGAGGCCAACACUGCUGAUGUUUUCACCAAGGCACUUCCGCCUUGUGAUCAUCAGCGUUUCUGUACUCAGCUGGGACUUGUCCCAGUCUUGCCUCACUUGCUCACCGCUUGA